AUGUCGACAAGUUACGAAAGGACGUCCUCGUACGAACCCGAGGAUCUCGAGGACGACAGCGCUCACAAAGCGGCGACCACAUCUCCCCCGAGCUUUAGCAUUCGCUCCUUGGGGCGGCCGCGUACUUUCAGCAUUGGUCGGGCGCGUAGCAUCAUGCUCGGAUCCUUGUUGAUUGCGUCGGCAAUAUGCGUCGCUCACCAUUACCUGCUCUCCUACCUUGACGAGAGGGAUGUCGAAGACUUGAAGCUGUCCCAGACCUGGAUCCGGGACAUUGGGAACGCGUUGGCGAAGUUUGUGCAGCUCGCCCUCAGGUUCUCCAAUGGGGUUGUUCUAACGCAAAGCAUAUGGCUAUUUGUUCGGGGCAACCGCGUCACCUUAGACGAUCUCGACACGCUGUUCGCUCUGCCUUCCCUUGAAAGCGUCCCCUCAACCCUUCUCAGAGGGAGUGUACUCCCCGCCCUCCUGCUUUCAGGAGUAAUAGAGGCUCUUUCUCUUGUCGGUAUCUUCGCCCCAAAUGCUCUAUCGGUUAUACCUGCUGGCACUCCCAUAGAAUCGAUCGUCUUCGUCCCUUAUCCGAACUUCGAUCUCGUAAAUCUGACCUCAAGUUCCGAGUUUCAGACGAUCAACUCCUCCGGUCUUGUUCGCUAUAAGGGACCUUCUACUGCUGUCCAGCAGCUCACCCAAGCGGUCUUGAGUGGCAGUGCUGUACUACCGAGAGAGCUUCCCCCGGAGUGCCACCGAGGAUGCAGCUAUAAUGCGAGCUUUCGCGCUACUGCAUUGAAAUGUGCAGAGAUUGCACCGUCCUCCAUAGACGUGUACAAUGCGAGUGCAUCCGACUUCACAGCAACCGUAGACCCCAGCAUCCAAGUUUCCAAUCCUACGCACUUUAUGGAGGGCGGAUAUGUGUAUAACGCCACUGCUAGCUUCGGCUACAGUAUCGACCAGACUGCGACGGCUUCCACUCUGCUAUUGCAGUCAUCGCCCUAUGAUAAACCAUUCUCUCUUGAGCUCAUCUUUGCCACGAAUGAGUUCACGCUACCGUUCACGCCUAGCAUACCGAUCCGUUACAGUCUGACAGGAUAUUCGUGCGGAUUCUACGACGCAUCAUAUGCUACUUCCUUCAAUUACUCUGCUGAGGGCCAGACAAAUAUCGUCCAUGUCGUGGACUAUGGCAUGCAACUCGGUCCUCUCUCGGACCCUGGCGGACUGAACUUGACAGAUAUAUACUAUCCCGCUGAUGGUGUCCUGUCUGAUGGGUGGGCCGACAUGCUAGGAGAGCUUCAAACCAACUACACAAGAUUGGCCAUCGCAGACGCCUUCUCGAGAUACUUCUACGGGACCCUGGCCUUCUCCACCAACUCGACAGACGAUUCGGCACCCAUGUACCCGAGCCGUGUGCUCAACUCUAUCUUCGCUAUCCGCUCCGUGGAGAGCGGCAAUGCCACUUCGGAGAGCUUGAAUACGCUCUCGUUCUCGCUCAUAUCGACGUCGUACAACGAUCCCGCUCGGUUAUUAGAGGACGCGUUUGCGAAUCUGACAGCGUCGCUGGGCACGGAGAUGGCGUAUUCUCAACUUGGUCUAUCGGGGUGGCCUGCGGGAGGUGCUGUAUCGGCAAUCAUCCUACCGGAUGACACCGUGUACAACUACCAGGCCUCUCGCCUAUGGAUCGUAUAUGGCAUAGCACUUGCUAUCACAUUCCUAGCCAACAUGUACGGACUAUUUUGCAUGUUCAGAAACGACGGUGCGAUGCAGCGCGAGUUUUCGUCAAUCGCUGCCUCAGUGCGGGCCCACGAGCUGGACACGCUCCUCGGCGAGCCCGGCAAGCCGUUGACUACCCGAGCCGGAAGCGUCGGGCUGCGAUACAUGGCAGGAGGGAGUCAGGUGGGCCAGAGAGCUGGUUUCAGGAUCGCUGAAGAGGAUGGAAGCGGAGAUGAGGAGAAGGCAUGCCAUGUUCAGCUUUUGACAACCGACGAGUCGGACGCGCGUUUUGCGAAGGCGCUUCCACCUCUCCCAGCGAUUUCUGACGACGGCGUUGCUCGUUCGGACAAUACCAAUACGUCGCAUGCGCCCCGGAGGCGAUCCUAUUCGCUAUAG